CUAGUCGACAAAAUAACCAAUAAUUACGUACCACAAAUCACACUCAUUCUCCAUCUCUGUAUCUAUCUGUAUCUAUAUAUCAUCACCUUAUCUAUUUUGACCCCUAAUUUUCCCCAAUUUGAAACCCUAAUUCCCCAAAUCUCAAUUCGAUUGCAAGUAACUUUGUGUCUGUAAUUGAUUAGGGUUUUGAGAUAUGGCGGUGUUGUUGGAAGACCUAGUGCGAGCAAUUGAGCUUUGGUUGAAGCUACUGAAGAAACCGGAGCCUUAUGUUGACCCGAAUCUUGACCCGGUUUUACUAGUUCCGGGUAUUGCUGGAUCGAUAUUGAAAGCUGUUGAUGACAAGGGGAAGGAGGAGCGUGUUUGGGUCCGGAUUUUCGGGUCGGAUCGUGAGUUUUGCACUAAGCUUUGGUCCAAGUUUGAUCCUCAGUCAGGAAAAUCUGUUUCUUUGGAUCAGAAGACGAAUAUUGUGGUCCCUGAGGAUAGAGAUGGACUUUAUGCAAUUGAUGUAUUGGAUCCUGAUAUGAUCAUUGGGCGUGAUGGGGUAAAUUAUUUUCAUGAUAUGAUUGUGGAAAUGACCAAGUGGGGUUACCAAGAGGGGAAAACACUUUUUGGUUUUGGAUAUGAUUUUCGACAAAGCAACAGGUUUAAAGAAACAUUGGAGCAGUUUGCUGCAAAACUGGAGCUUAUGUUCACUGCUGCAGGAGGAAAAAAGAUUAACAUUAUAUCCCAUUCUAUGGGCGGCCUCCUGGUUAAAUGCUUCAUGAGCCUGCAUAGCGAUUUAUUUGAACGUUAUGUGAAGAAUUGGAUUGCAAUUGCCGCUCCAUUUCAAGGUGCACCUGGUUAUGUCACAUCUUCCUUUUUGAAUGGGAUGUCGUUUGUAGAAGGAUGGCAACAGAAUUUUUUCGUCUCAAAAUGGCACAUGCACCAGUUGUUAAUCGAAUGUCCGUCAUUGUAUGAACUGAUGGCUUGUCCCGAUUUUAGUUGGGAACACGUUCCACUUUUACAAUUUUGGAAGGAGAAUCUCGAUGUUGAUGGAAACUCCAGCAUUUUAUUGGAGUCUUAUUCCCCAGUGGAAGCUGUAUCAGUUCUCACUCAAGCACUCUCAGUAAAUAAGAUUAACUACGAUGGGGCGGAUAUACCUUUACCAUUUAACUUAGAGAUAUUAAAAUGGGCGAAUGAGACAAAAAAGGUCCUAUCUCGUGCCAAGGUUCCUCCUGGAGUUAAGUUCUACAAUAUAUAUGGCACUAAUCUCGACACACCUCAUACUGUGUGUUAUGGAAGUGAAGAUGCACCUAUAACAGACAUUCGUGAGAUACCGUUGCUCUUGGCCAAUUACGUAUGUGUUGAUGGUGAUGGUACAGUCCCAAUGGAAUCUGCAAAGGCAGAUGGGCUUGAUGCAGUAGCCAGAGUUGGGGUCCCAGGUGAGCACCGAGGAAUCCUUUGUGACCGUCAUGUGUUCCGUAUUGUCAAGCACUGGCUGAAAGCCGAUCAUGAUCCUUUCUACAAUCCUAUAAAUGAUUAUGUUAUCCUCCCAACCUCUUUUGAGAUUGAAAGUCACCAAGAAAAAGGCCUACAAGUUACUUCCCUCAAAGAGGAGUGGGAGAUUCUCACGGCAGAUGAAGCAGAAGACGAUACAUUUGCUAAUUCAAAGCCCAUGGUGGGUUCAAUAGCUGUUUCUCAUAAGGGGGAUGAUCAGUCUCCCAGUGAAACAGCACGAGCGACUCUUACAAUUCAUCCGCAGAGUGAGGGUAAGCAACAUAUUGAACUUAAUGCUGUCGGUGUAUCUGCGGGUGCUUAAAAUAAGAGACUGUUGUAAUGUGCAUGUAAAUAUGUCUUGCUUGGGAUCUAUGUGUCAUUGUUGGUGCUGUGUGCUAUGUCUAUAUUUAUCCGCAUCACCCAAAUAUCUGUAACUACUAAAUACUUAUAUUAUCAGAAAUAAAAGCAAUAAAUCAAAUUGUAUCUGCUCA